AUGCUGUUUCUUCUGCUCUCCCUCUCCUCGAUUCACUCCCGCGCCGCCCCGAACGACUGCACCAACAUCAACGACUGGCAGGCGGCUUUUCGACAUCAUCUGGGGCUGUCUGGUGACGAUCUUUCUCUGCAUUUGGGUCUCCGUUCACCCAAACGUCCCCGCCUCCUCGUCCCGAGCGACCAGGGAAAGCGGCUGGGUCACUCCGAAGCCGGGCUGAAAUGGCACGUUGUCAGCAAGAACGGACCACUGCUGCAUCGACUCAAGCUCAUGUCCGUUGUGCUCUCAUUGCGCCUGAGCUCAUCCUUGGCUUCGCCGGCACGGCAAUUCUUGAUGGCGCGGUCUUUCUCGCGAGACUACGGGGUAUCCCUGACCCACGGCUUCUUCAUUGGUAUGGGCGGCUUUGUCGACGAUGACGGCCAUCCCAUUGUCACGAAAGAGCAAUUGUCGACUCCAAACGCGAUCCAACUGAUUCGCGCAAUCGACGAAUCCGACAUCGAGGACAAGAGCAAAGGCGACGUCUUUUCGAAGGGCAUCGCCCUUUGUCAAGGGCUCUGGUUUAUCGCGCAGUGCAUAGCACGAAGACUACAGCAUCUUCCUCUGACCGAACUCGAGGUCGCCACAUUGGCAUUCGCAGCGCUAAACGCGUUAACCUGGCUGCUCUGGCUGGGCAAGCCUCUCGAUGUGCGCAAUCCCAUCAAGUUGUCGGUCCAAACCGCUCCUCCAGACCAUACCCCACUGCUGCCAUAUCCCGCCAGCACCUACUGGCUCGACCGCUUCCUCAGCCUCUUCAUCAACUCCUACAGCAACGACGAGUACGACCCGUGGUCCAACACCUCCGUGCCGACAUUCUGGUGCACCACGUUUGACUACUACAACAUCGUCCGAUCUUCCAGCCGGGCAGACUGGCUGUCGUGGACACUCGCAGACUCGAGCCAGUUCUUGUGUGGCGGCUUAUUUGGCGCCAUCCACUGCAUCGCGUGGCGCGCUACGUUCCCCUCCCCCGCCGAAAUGUGGCUAUGGCGCGGCGCGGCGCUCGUGCUUACCGUGCUUCCCCCGCUUUUCCUUGGGGCCACUUUCCUGCUGAGCGCAUUCCGAGUCGAUGUUGCCGGUCAAGUCUUGGGCUUCGUCUGUGUGUAUUCAAUUGCGCGAGGCAUCCUCCUUGUCAUACCAUUCGUGACCCUGCGAUCCCUCCCGCCCGCCGCAUUUGGCGACGUGGAUUGGAGUGUCUACAUCCCUCAUUUGUAA